GACUCAGUUCCUAACAAAGGACUUAAUCUCACCAGCAGAUGUAAUCCAGUGGCUUUGGGUCACGAGAAUAUUGCCAGUGUCAUAACAUACUACACUUAGAUUCUAACGGGACCGUUGAAUUGGAAUAUUAUUUAACGGGGAACACAGUAACCUGCACCGCCCUCGCCGAGAGAAGUGGCAGGGGUUAGGACUGUCGGACAGGUCAGAAGAACUAAAGCCUGUAAAAUGCUUACUAUCUUUCGUGAUAACCCAUCUGCUUCACUCCUAGCAGCCUGUGGAGGAGUUUAUUUCGUCUACUACAUCUCUCGAAUUGUCAAGAAACCUUUAAUAGCUUGCCAGGAUCAACGGUUUUUAAAGUUUCUGAAGAAUCACUGCCCGGUUAUAUCUGAGAAGUACUGGCCAACAUGGUGGUGUUCCGAGUCCAGGCUCCAGACAAUCUUCCGUGCCAUCCUCCAGUCCUCACCCCCUCUCACAUACAACAGUGAGAUCAUUGACACCCCUGAUGGAGGACAGAUCAAACUGGACUGGGCGGAGAAUACUGGGGACCAUCGCUAUGACGACAACCUCCGACCAACCGUCCUCAUUCUACCUGGAUUAACAGGAAGCAGCAAUGAGCCAUAUAUCCUCCACAUGGUGCAUGAUGCCAUUGACCUUGGCUACAGGUGUGUGGUGUUCAAUAACCGAGGCAAUGGAGGUGCACAGUUACUGACGCCACGGACAUACUGCGCAGCUGACACAGAGGACAUAGAGCUGGUGGUCAGCCACAUCAAGAUCACACACCCUGAUGCCCCCGUCAUGGGGGUCGGAAUCUCGCUGGGCGGAAUGAUCCUGUUCAACUACCUGGCCAAGCUGGGGAAGGAUGCCCGUCUCAUCGCGGGGAUGUGUGUGUCAGUGGCAUGGAAUGUGUUCGAGUCCACAUUGUCUCUGGAACAGCCACUGAACUGUUUCCUGUUCAACAAGCGUCUCGCAAGACUCCUCACUGACACUGUCAAGAAGAAUAUGAAGCUGUUUGAGAAGCACUACGACAUGGAACACGUUCUGAAGAGCAACACAAUCCGAGACUUUGACGAGCGCUUCACGGCCAAGGUUUUUGGGUUCAAGUCUGUGGAUGAUUACUACAAGCAAGCCUCCCUCCAUGACAAAGUCCACGCCCUCAAAGUUCCCGUCCUGUGUCUUAGCGCUGCUGAUGAUCCCUUUGCUCCCUUUCACACUAUUCCACUGAAGGAUGCUGAGAAAAACGACAACAUUGCAAUUGUUGUUCCAUCCUGUGGUGGCCAUAUUGGAUUUCUAGAGGGCUGGUUCCCUCGCCACAAAACCUAUAUGUAUCGCUGGUUCGCUCAGUUUGUGGAUGCUGUCUUCAAACACGGUGUAAAGAAUGAAUAGAUGCAGUCAACGAGAUGCAGAUGAGUGAAGAGAUCACAGGUCAUCACAACAAGUAAUUGGUAACACAGGGUCAAUAAUAUUUACAUCUCUUUGUUAAACAUGUCUGCCAUCUUUAGAUCAUGAUCUUCAAUAACUUAUUAUGGGCCCUCUGCACAAGCUUUUUAUAACAAAGUUACUAAGAUUUCAUUUUGUUAAUAUCCAAUACUCACACUGAAACAGCUGUGCUUUUUAAACAUUGGUAUGUUUAGCACUGAUCUAUUUUCAAAGUCUGUAAACAAACUACAAAUGUUUCAAGAAAGACUUAUUUCAAUUGAAAAAUUCCUUGAAUUGAUGGUGUUGAUAGGGCAUCCAAAUUAUUGGCAGGGGUGAACUAAAUAUUUCUUUUAUAAUUGAUUCCCAGUUAUUUGAAGCAGAAAGAUCACAAGACACUUGUAAUAUUUCACUUGAUCUCAAUUUCUGUGUAAAUUGUGCUGCUCUGGUCAGAGUGGCUGUUGAAGUCGUGACGUUUGUCUUCUGACCUGUAGAAGACCAGCCCAUGAAGAAGUUAAAUGUCUAAUGUAGUCAAUCCCUUGCCACUUAAUGUGAGAGUUGACUGCAGGUUUUUGUACAGAAAGAACUAGUCUUAAACUGUUGUUUUGGGGCUUCAACUUACCAAAUCCUGGUACUACAUCUCACAUAAUAUGAUACCUGUACUUCAGAACAAGACAGUGAUGGUGGACAUUGCUCUGGGCUCACAUAACCUUGGUUCAAUGUGACAAAGUGGUAGCACUACAGCUCUUAAGUGUUAACUAAGGGUUCGUUGAAGUAUUGUUGGUAUGACAUUCGUACAGCUAAGUUCACUUUGAGACGCAAGCCUAUGAGGUGCCUCUGACCCAGUUAUGGUCUGUAGUUCCAGAGUUGUAUAUUUGGUCCAUCUCGACAGAUAUUUCUCAGAGACAAUACAAUGGUGGUGAUUAUGCAACAAGUCCUUGUACUAGCACUCACCAGUUCCUCAGUAGUUUUAGUAUGUUUUUUAUUUCAUGUAAGUUCGGUCCCACCAAGAACAAUCUUAAGUUUUUGUGCAAUAAUCUCUUACUGAUAGUCUUCAUUCAUUGACUGAAGCACCAUCUUACUGUUAAUAUUUUUCUGUGUCACUUUUUGAUCCUCAGAAAUAGCACAUAAUUGUACUUGAAGCUUGUGUCAAGUUUAAUUCUUCACACAUUUCUUCUAUCUUAAUGAUACUGUCUUAAAAGACUUUUACUAACUGUCUCCUGUCUGAUACUGCUGUGCGUGUGGACUCACAUCUGUUGGGACUCACGUCUGUGUGGACUCACAUCUGUGUGGACUCACGUCUGUGUGGACUCAAAUCUGUAUGGACUCACAUCUAUGGGGACUCACAUCUGUGGGGACUCACAUCUGUCGGGACUCACGUCUGUGUGUACUGGACUCUGUAUGGACU